AAAAAAUCAGAUCCCGCUCUACACAUCCGAGUUGAUCCGCAGUCGUUGUAUUUUAGGAUUUAGGCAAAUACAGUAGUAAAAAUCAAAAGUCAUGGAGGCCAUGGACACUGAACAAGGUGCUGGGGACGUAGUUGAAAACACUUCUGCCGAAAAAAUAGAUGACCUGUUGUACACUACAAAUGACUAUGGGCUUGACGUUCUUGAAAGGGUCACAGAACUUGAGAAGAAGGUUAAAGAGCAAGGUGAUGAGUUGAUGUGCAUGAGAACUGCCAUGGCCGAUGUCGUCCGUCGCCUAGGUGAGGUGGAAAGCAAAAAGGAGACGAGGAAAAACACACCAAGAGGUGGUUCUGCACCAAUGCGAGCAGUGAAGGAUUCUUCAGGUAUGCUAAAUCAGACAUUACCGUCCAAACCAUCCGUUCCGAAUGGUACGUCCCGUGCCAGCCAUAGACGACCACCGACCCCUGAUUCAAAACGUCGAUCCUUUGGUGGUGGUUACAGCUCUUCCAGCAGCGACAAACUAAAGAGGUGGAGCUCUGCCGACAGUGGAAGCUUCCCUGCAGGUUCGGCUAAGAAGAGUUCUUCGUUGACAAAUCUAACCGGACGUCGUUCGUCCGCAUCAGGACCUAACAAAGAUGCUGAAUUUAAUGCUGAUGAAGGUCUGGUUCGUAUAUACAUGCGGGGACGUCCUAUUACCGUCUACGUUCCGUCAGACAUAGAGAAUUUCGACAUCUCAUCUAAAGUAGCUGCCCCAGCUGAAAAGUUGAAGAUAGAAUGGAUGUAUGGUUACCGUGGGAGAGACUGUCGAAGCAAUCUCCAUCUAUUACCAACUGGCGAGAUUGUUUACUUUAUGGCAGCGACCGUUGUGCUGUUUAACGUUGAAGAAGGCCUACAGAGACAUUAUAUGGGUCACAAUGAUGACGUUAGAUGUAUUGCUGUCCACCCUGACAAGGUCACCAUAGCUACUGGACAAGUUGCUGGACAUGACAAGACAGAAGGAAAGCGUCGGAAAGUUAGGCCAGGUGCGGAGCCUCAUGUUCGUGUGUGGGACUCGGUGACUCUCAACACUCUCCAUGUGAUUGGUCUAGGCACUUUCGACCGUGCUGUCUGCUGUGUUGGAUUUUCUAAAUUUGACGGAGGUAACACAUUGGUUGCGGUCGACGAGGCCAACGACCACUGCAUGUCUGUUUGGGACUGGAGCCGCGAGAAGAAACUAUGCGAGAGCAAGACUAUCCAGGAACCAGUCCUUGCUGCCGAGUUUCAUCCACUCAGCUCGAACCAAAUCAUCACAUGCGGAAAGAGCCACAUCUAUUUUUGGACCAUGGAUGAUGGCAAACUAACCAAAAAGUCUGGUAUCUUUGAGAAACAUGACAAGCCAAAGUAUGUCCUAUGUAUCGCAUUUGCUGACAAUGGGGAUGUAAUCUCUGGCGAUUCAAAUGGUAACAUCUACAUCUGGGGAAAGGGGAAUAGUCGUAUUCAGUAUGCCGUGACUGGUUGUCACGAGGGUCCCAUCUUCUCCUUGUGUACCCUGAAAGAUGGAAGCGUCCUUUCGGGUGGAGGAAAGGAUCGUAAAAUCAAGCAAUGGGACCGAAACUACAGCAGUACAAGUGAGACAGUGAUCCCAGAAGCCACUGGUCCUGUUCGUGUUCUAUGCCAAGGAAAAGGUGAAGAUAUUUAUGUGGGAACAACUCGCAACGCAAUUCUGCAUGGAGAUAUUGGUGGAGAUUUUGUUCCAAUUGUGCAGGCACAUACUGACGAGCUAUGGGGACUAGCAGUGCACCCCACUCAGGCCCUGUUCCUCACCUGUGGACAUGACAAGUCAAUUAUCAUGUGGGAUAGUGAAACUCAUCGACCUUUAUGGACCAAGACAAUUGAUGAUUCUUGCCAAUCAGCACACUUCCAUCCAUCUGGAGAGGUCUUUGCCAUCGGAACCACUACUGGUCGCUGGAUUGCCUUGGAUACCCAGUCCAGAGAUCUUGUGACUGUCCACACUGACGGCAAUGAACAGCAUGACAUUGUCCGAUACUCUCCAGAUGGAAACUAUAUUGCAAUUGGUUCCCAUGACAAUUACAUUUACGUUUAUGCUGUCAGUGAGAAUGGCCGUAAGUAUAGCAAGGUUGGCAAGUGUAGCGGUCACUCCAGUUACGUCACCCAUUUAGAUUGGUCAGCCGACUCAACAAGUCUGCAGAGCAACUCUGGAGAUUAUGAGAUCCUUUUCUGGACAGCAGCCACCUGUAAGCAAAUCACAUCCUCAUCCUCUAUGAAGGACACAGAGUGGGCAACUUACACCUGUACACUUGGAUUCCCUGUCACAGGAAUUUGGCCAGAAGGAUCUGAUGGCACAGAUAUCAAUUCCGUCGCCCGGAAUAAUAAUAGCACCAUCUUAGCAACCGGAGAUGAUUUCGGAAAGGUCAAUUUGUUCAAAUACCCCUCAAGUCGUCCGAAGUCUUCAUGUAAUUCGUUCUCUGGGCAUAGUUCUCACGUCACUGCGGUCCAAUUCUUCAACGAUAAUUCUAAACUGAUUUCCACAGGGGGAAAGGAUAUGUCAUGUAUUCAAUGGAAAGUUGAGCCCUUCUAAGCUUCUGACAACAGUCUCCCCAGUUGGAAUUCAGCAUUGACACAAUGCACAAGAAUACAGAAGUGACUAGGAACCCAUACCUAGAGGGCGCUAUUUUAUAAGAUUUCAGAAUGCUUGCUUGCUACAUCAUGUUCAGCUUUCAAAGUGUUCAUGGUCAUUUCUGACUGCCGUACACUAUUGUAAACGCCUUAAUUUUUACAAAAUUUAAACGCUCACAAUUUCUUCUAUCAUAAUUUUUCCAACCAUUAAUUUUAAAAGUCGGAGAACCUUAGAUAAAUAAAAUUAUGUAAUUAAAGCUGAUAAUUAAAAGAUAUUUUUAUUUUUAGUAAGCAACUUUAGCUUAUACCCGUAUGCCCCAAAAUUUUACGAAUUUAUAAUUUUAUAUACCCGUAAAGUUUAAGAAUUGUAAAAAUUAAGGAGUUAACAGCUAGUUACAUUUACAUGUUGUGUGGUUGGAUAAAAUUUUCUGGAUUUUGUGUUGAUAUUUUUUUUGUCUGAUAUUUGUUUUUCAAUCUUUGGAUUUCUUAUAUAGACUAUGGUGAUGAAUUCAAUACUUUGCCGGUAUUUGAAUUUUUUAAAUUUGAAUCUACUGAGAAAUAGAAGACUGUAAUCUUAAAAUGCUUCCAAAGAUAAAACAAAAUAUGAUCAAAAUAUACAAAGGUGCAUUCUGCAAAAUAAUGCUAAAUAAAACCAAAAAAAACAGGAAAGUUUAACAAGUGUAUUGUCACAAUAAAAUAAACUAUACAAUAAAUUUUUUAUUUCAAGUUGAUUAAGAAAUAAGAACUGAGCAUCGAACAAACUUUGACUUGAUCAAAUAAAUGUAGCCACAAACAAAUUGAGCUUUAAAUCAGCUGAAUUUUAAGUGAAAUUGGUUAACUAAAUAUUAUUAUUAAGUGCUUGGGUUGAAUACAGUGUAGAGAAAUAUAUUAUCAAUUUGCCAGCUUUAUCUUGUCGUCUGUCCAGUGAUAGUUAGCUUUUGGGUAAACCUAUUCUAGAAAAAAAAUCUGAACAUUUUUUGUUUAUAUUUUCAAAAAUUUACAGGGUAUAUUUCUUAGCCAAGUUGGUUUAGACGCUCAAUAAUAUAUGAUUUUGCUAGUAGUAAAUAGCAUUUAAAUUGUUCACUAAUUUAAUUGUGUUCCAAAUUGUCACCAAUAUCUGUGAUUAUUUUACUAUUUAUAAUAGCUAAUUUUGAUAUUCUAAUAAAUAAAUUUCAUAAUGGCCAGCUAUGAUUAUAACCAAUGAAAUAUAAUCAAAAAGAGAUUAUAUAUUAAUAUGAUGUAAUAGUGUAUUGCUGGUAUCUGAUUGGUGUAACAAGUCAUGUGACCUGUUAACCUGAACUUCCCCUGUAUGUUUGUGUAUGUUUGCAUCUCCACUACACUAUUUAUAAUUUUUACAUUGGCCUCUAUGUUUUCUUAUGUUAUAUUUAGUGUGAAGUACAUUUUCUAUUUUGUAGGUGGAUACAUUUUAAAUUUGAAUUAUUUAUGGUUAAUAACAAACAGCUCUAUGCUUGUAUGAUAACCAAAUAAGGUAAAUGACCCAUAACAGUAAAAAACGAUAUCAAAAAGAAAAAGAUUAUUGCAAAAAAUUAAUGAAAUAUGCUGAUUAAAUUCAUCAGACCUAAGUGACUCAACUAGUAAGCAAUCUUUCAAAGAAAAAGAGUCACAUAGGCUUACAAGGGUACUACUUUAAAUAGUUAUAUGCAUGUUGAUAGUUAGUGUUAUAGAUUUUCUACAAGACAAGAACAAACAGUCUUUUCUCAAUAACUAUUUUCUAGAUAUAUAUUUCAGGAUAUGUGAUGAAACUUAUUUGAUAAACUAAUAUUAGUAGACUUUUCUUAUUGAAUUUUUUCAAUACACUGAAUGCUGGAAUUACUGGCAUGAUAACACAAGAUAGAAUUUGUCUAUUCCGUAUAUUAUAGAAUUAAAAUUGCAGCAAACUGUA